AUGAACGCUUUCGAAACAGAAUUAGGUGUACUAACUGAAAUAGCGAAAGCUGUUGAUGAAAUGGGUUGGCUAUUGCCAACAGAUGUUCAAAGUGAAGCUAUUCCGGUGAUUCUCGAUGGCGCUGAUGUUUUAAUGGCAGUAGAAACGGGUAGUGGAAAAACCGGUGCAUUUUGUUUACCAAUAUUACAAAUUGUGCAUGAAACAUUGAGAGAUAUUCAAGAAGGAAAUAAGGGUCCUCGCGCACGAAAACAAGCCAGUGCAAGUAAUGAAUUGAAACCACUGCAACUUAAGUUUCAUGAUCGAUCACAUGGAUUAGGUUAAUUUAUUUAUUUAUUUUUCUAUUAUCAAAUAUCCCAAUGAAAAUAAACCU